AUGAGUCUCUUUGGGGGCCCGCCUGCGCCAGGGCCUCCGCCUGCGCCGGUCAAAUCUGUUUCGACCAGCGUGCUGGACGACCACGAGAGCUACGAUCUGUUCGGCAGCGCCCCCAGCGUCCCGAUGGCCACCGCCGUGACGAAGGAGCCCGCCCCCAUGGCCAGCACAGCCCCCGUGGAGGAAGGGGGCGCGGGCGAGGUGCCCGUGCAACCGGCAGAGCCGGUUUCGCCUGCCAACUACGAGCUUUUUCCAGCGCUGGCGUCAACGGACAAACCGGAGAAUGUGGAGGCGGCGAAGGAGGAAUCCGAGCUCUUCCCAUCCUCCAGAGGACUCAGUCGCAGCGGCAGUAGCAGCAGCAGCGCUGCAACUUCUUCCAUGGGCAGCGGGGGAUCGUUCCGAGAGGGGCUGCCGCGUGCCAACAGCAAUGCGGUGCAGGUGGCCGCUGUGGAGCAGCAGAGCCCGCCACCGUCGUACAAAAUGGCAGGAAAUGCAGUUGAUAUUGUCGCGGUGAAGAACACGGAAGGGCAGUACCUCACUACGUCGUGGCACGUUUCGUUUUCAUGGUCGCGCUUUCGAACCAGCUACGCUACUGGAGUGGGAGACAUGGUGAGGAUUCUCGUGAAUGACAAGGAGCUGCCCACGAAAAUGGAGCUGCAGGAGCGCGGUCGAUGCACCUUUAUUACUGGCGGUGUGAUCAUUCCACCGGGAGACUUGCUCUUCGCUGAUCUGUCGGAAGAACAACCCAACCACGUGCGAUUUGAACACUACCAGAGGUACACCAACACGGUGCGCUACGUGGACGCGAAGCUGCAUCUAUGGGGGCCGAAUGAGUCAGUCGUUGUAGUCGACUUGGACGGGACUCUCACUAUCAGCGAUGUGGAAGGCCACAUUCGCACGCUGCGUCUUGGACAGUACGAUUUCCUGCACGCCGGAGCUUGCGACUUCUUCACCAAGGUGCACGAGCUGGGGAUGCGAAUCGUGUACCUCACUGCGCGCCCUCUGGACUGGGCAUCGGCGUCACGAACCCACUUGGAAAACGCAGUGCAGCAAUCGAUUCCGCUCCCGCCCGGAGUUCUCAUCACCAACUCGAAUGGUCUCACAGGCGCACUGUUCACGGAGGUGGUCAAUAAAACCCCUCACAUUUUCAAGAUCCAGGUGCUGAAUGAGCUCCAGCUCACGCUCAUUCACGCCGGCCGCGUGAUCGAGCACCCCGUGUUCGUGGCGGGCUUUGGCAACCGCCCCACGGACAUCGUGGCAUACGAAGAAGUCGGCAUGGACCCCAGCCUCAUCUUCAUGCUGGACCCGUACUCGAAUCUUAAGGCCGUCUCGGAUCCGCGUCUCUACGAAUCGUACAGUGACCCGAACGCGCUGCUCUGGAUGCUGCCCAAGCUCAAGCACCGCGUCCCAAUCGAGAAGGUUGGUCGCAUCGACGACUACACCGUGCGUGAGCUCGUUCUGGCGGAAGACCGCGAACAACUGCGCAUGGCGGAGAUGCAGGCUCGACGACUUCAGCAAGAGGAGUUCGAGCGAGCGCGCCAGGAGGCUGACCAAGCGCGAUACGCCUCGAACAACGCUCUUCGGGCCAGCAGCAGAAGUCUCUCAAGGUAA